AUGUGUGAAGCCAUUGGCCAGUUUGGACCUGGACUUGAACCUCCUACUCAGGAUUCUUUACGAGAGAAAUUGCUGGAAGAAGAGUAUGCAAGAACCAAGAGCUUACUGCAAGAACGUGAAGCCGAGAAGAUGAAGAAUGGGUGCUCCAUUAUGACUGAUGCCUGGACAGAUAGGAAGAGGAGAAGCAUAAUGAACCUGUGCACAAAUUCUGCUGAUGGAACAAGCUUUAUCAGCUCAAAAGAGAUGUCAGAUGUGUCACACACAAGUGAGGUAAUAUUUGAACUAGUGGACAAAGCAAUAGAAGACAUUGGUCCAGAAAAUGUUGUGCAAGUAGUAACAGAUAAUGCAUCUAACAACAUGGGAGCAAAGAAGCUAUUGUUUGAGAAGAGACCAAAUAUAUUUUGGACCUCAUGUGCAACUCACACAAUUAAUCUGAUGCUCCAAGGAAUUGGCAAUCUUGCUCGGUUCAAGAAGGUAAUUGAGCAAGCAAAGGCAUUCACCAUAUUUGUGUAUGGGCACACUAGAACAUUGGAAUGCAUGAGACACUUCACUGAGGGGAAAGAAAUAGUAAGGCCAGGAGUGACUAGGUUUGCUUCAACCUUUCUCACUUUGAGUAGCAUACUAGAGAAGAAGGAUCAGCUAAGAAAGAUGGUGGUUCAUAGUAGGUGGGACUCACUGAGAGAUGUGAAAUCGAAGAAAGGAAAAGAUGCCACAACAAUUAUAUUGAAUCCUACCUUCUGGAAGGAUGUGAAGCAAACAGUGAGUGUUUUUGAGCCAUUGUUUAGAGUUCUCCGUUUGGUUGAUGGGGAUGUAAAACCAUCCAUGGGUUUCAUUUAUGGAGAAAUACUAAAGGCCAAGAGAGAGGUGAAGGAGGCCUUAGGAAAUAUUGAGUCUCGGUUCAAGGAGGUAAUUGCUGUUGUUGACAAGAAGAUGAAGGGGAGACUUGAUUCACCAUUGCAUUUGACAGCUUAUUUGCUGAAUCCACACUAUAGCUAUGCUAAUCCAUCAAUCUUUGAUGAGCCCACAAUAACAGAAGGAUUCAUUAGUUGUGUGGAGACCUUUUAUUAUCAUGAUGAGGAUAAGCAAGAUCAGGCUGCUCAUGUUGAACUAAGAAAGUUUCAGAAUAGGGAAGGACCAUUUAACAAGAAGCUUGCAAGGACUUUCCAAAAUUUUGAUUACAAUCCAGCAUCAUGGUGGCGCCUGUAUGGAACUGAAGUACCAGCCUUACAAAAGAUGGCAACAAGGAUCCUUUCUUUAACAUCAAGUGCAUCUGGCUGUGAAAGAAACUGGAGCGGUUUUGAAGCGAUACACACUAAGAGGAGAAAUAGGCUUACUACAACACGUCUCAACAAAUUAGUCUACAUUCAAUUCAACUCCAAGCUGCUUAAUAGGAGAGAAAAAAUCAAGUCAAAAAAGAUCAAUGAUGUUCUUUUGUCUAAUGAAACAACUGAAGUUCAAGGAUUUCUGCAUGAGAAUGGAGAUGAUUGUGCAUUAGUGGUCUAUAGAGAUGAGGAGGAGGAAGAAGAGAUGGAAGGUACUGGAAUUCCUUGGUCUGUUCUUGGAGAUGCAGUGGGAGCAGAAGAACAACUUCAGCUGCGUAGGAGUGCUAGAGUGAGAGAGCUUUAUGAAGGAGAAGAGUUUGAAUCUGACAAGGAAGAGUUUGAUGAGGAUGAGGAUGACUAUUUGGAGCCCUAUUGA